AUGUCGUUCCUCAACACCACCAGUACUAUGGAACCGCACUCUCAGCUACCAGAUGGCAUCAGCAGGGGGCAGGGCGUGGUGAUGCUGCAGGACAACGAUUUUUUCCUCUCCUGCGAUCCUCACCUGAACAAGUACGAGGCCAAGGGCGAGGUUGCUGAACCACAAAUCCCCGAGACCGUGGACGCACGAGGCCCUACACUGUCUUUUGAAGUGACGGAUGAGCUUGAAAAUAUACCCAAAGGCAUCUGGGGCUCGACUGUCGUCUCGACAUAUGAGUUCACGAACAUCGAACACGGCGUAUUCUCACGCGUCAAAAGUCCCCUGGGAGUGGUUAUUGAUACUCGUUGGGAGAUCAUGGAGGCCGAGGGUGGGAAGCUGGACUUGGUCCAGGCUGCGGAGAUCAGUUGCUCAAUGCCGUUGAUGGCCUUGGUGAAAGGCCGUUGCGAGGCUGGAUGGGAAAAAAUCCACGCCAAGAUGUUGGAGCGACUUCAGAAUGAAGCUAAAAGUGGUGUCGCUUAA